AUGGCCACCGUGGGUGCCCGGCAGCAACAAAUAAAUGAGGCGGAUGAUAUGACGUGCCAAGGUUGUCAUUUUCCUCGUUCCACCAUCUCCACCGCCCAAAUGGCGGAAGUACGGGGGUUGUUACGCAUUAAGCCGGAUGAUCGUGAACUGAAAAUCCGGAUGCAGCGGGAAUCCGGCGAUAUGCCUGAUGCGGACGGGCAAUGGCGCCCGGACACCAUCCCUAUUUGGUAUGCGCAGGUGAAGGCGGGUCUGCGCUUACCGCCUUCCCCUUUUCUUGUGGGAAUAUGUGAACGAUUCGGGAUCCCCUUUUUUCAGAUCUCCCCUUCUUCUCUCCGGAGGGCCCAUAUUUUACAUAUCCUCUGCGCUGCUAAUAACUACCCCCAUAGUGUAGAGUUGUUUCACCAGACCCACAUCCUAAAAAAGACCGAUUGUCACUACAACUUUACUGCCAAGCCGAAGAUGAAUUUGACAUUCCUAGGUAAUCUUCAUUCUAUGGAUAAGAAGUUUCGUGAUAAGUAUUUCUUUGUACAAGUGCGGAAUGGGACUUGGGCGGACUGCGCAGGGACUGACGAGGUGGAGUGGCAUCGGACGAAGCACUCCUCUCCUCCAAAUAGAAAACCCCUAGGUGACCUAGAAAUCGCCUUCAUCGAUCUUCUGGGCCAAGCCUUUGCUGCCAAAGAUUUUGAUGUCCUUAAACUAGUCGCUUCUCCCUCUGUCUUGGCUGGGGCUGGCCUCUUCUCCCGUUAUCCCCCAACCUCCAUCGGUAUGUGGAGAUCAGCUGAGCACGGUACCAUUGCUUCAUUCAGUUUCCUUCCUGAUCCUGUUGUUGGGGGAGACACUACCCCGCAGACUGGGUCUGCGCAGCACGUGUCCCCUGAGUCUUUCAAUCUUGGGCGGCCCCGUCCGGGUUCGUCUGCUGCUGACAUUCAACCUCUUCGACUCCACGACGAAGGUGAUGCGAGUUCCGCUGAGGGUACUCGUAAGCGUCGCAAGACUCGACAGGUAGUCUCGUCCAAGAAGAAAAAGGUCCCUGCUUCUGGUGCCGAGAGUAAAGAUUCUUUCGAAGCCUUACUCGAUGAUGUGCCUCGUCAAGCUGCGCCGGCAAGGGAGGGGUCUGACUCCGUUAUGGAGAUUCCAGGCCCUCGUGCUUUGAAGGAUUUGACCGGUCAGGAGUGCCGGUCCCAGAUGGAAUCGCAGAUCGCCUCUGUCGACCUGCGCAGGUACGAUGUCAUGAACAUGGGGGACCUGGCCUUUGACAUGUGCCUGGGCGUAGAGCAGUUGCGGGUGAAGUGCUUGUCGGCCUCCCGACAUAUGACCCGGGCAGCCGCUGAUCUUCAUGAAAAGGAGGGGGAACUCAUGGCCUCUCUGGCUGAUAAUACUGAGUUACGGGAACAGCUGCGCCAAGCUCAGGCUGAACUGUCUCAGAUGAAGGUGAAGAAGGAGUCCCUCGAGACUGAGCUCGCUCGUGUGUCCCAGAGCAAGGAGGAAGAACUCAAGGCUCUCAAGCAUGAGAUGUCGGAGGAGUGCCGGGCAAAGUUGAAUCAGAUGAAGACAACGAUUGCCGAUCAAGAAAACCAAGCCUUCAUGCGGGGGAUACAAGAGUUUCGCCAACAAUACUUCCUGACUGCGCGUGGUCAAUUGUUCCUGCGCUAUAUGUUAGAGGAUUCUCUUCAAGCUUUCCGCCGUUCCCCUGACAUGCUCCUCUUGAUGGGGCCUGCCAUGCAGUUCUUGGUUAAGGAAGGCAGUCGGCUCGCUCUUGACCAGGUGGGAGCGACGCCUGAUCAGCGCAGCAAAUUUGACUUUGAGGCUGUACUGAAGCAAGUGGAUGACACCAGUCUAAAUGGGCUGUUGGGCGUCGAUCCUUCCGCCCCUUCGACUCCUGGUUGGUGGCUUCCUAUUUUGGAUAAGGCCCUCCAGCUCUUUGCUAGGGAUGAGACGAGGGAUGCCCUACCUGCGGCGCCGGUGAUUCGGUCUCCUUAUCUGAAUGAGCUGCGCUGCCAUAUGCGUUCUCCUCGAGGCAACUAUCCCGGGGGGAACUUGGUCUACCCUCCUCCAACUUCCUCCUCGGUCGUGCCCGACUCUCAGGGCCAAAAGGGGUCUAGCUCCCGAGCGGCGCAGGGUGGGACGGAAGUUGUGGUAGCAGAGGCUGCGCAGGAGGAGGUUGUGUUUCAGCUGCCGGUGGUGACGGAUCCGGUGAUCGAGGAGAUUGCGCAGCCUGCCUUUGUUGAAGAUCCCCCUGUUGAGGAGUUCAUCGUGGAUCCUCCUUCUUCUCCCCAACGCCUUGACUGACCAACUCCCUUCUAUGUUUCUUUUGUUUGUAAAAAGAUUGUUCUUUUUGUAGACAUUAUCCCAAUUGUAAAGUUUCUCUUGAACCCAUUUUAUAUAAUCGUAUGGUUUGAUUUUC